CAUCUAAAUAAUAAAAAAUGUUAAUUAAAAUGAAUUUUAACAACAAAACCAACGUUCCAAACUAAAUAUACCAAAAUACACAAAUACAAAUAAAAAAGAAAUUUUUGACAAAUACAAAAGUUUAUUAUAGACCAUUAAUAAUAUUAUAAAGCAAAAUGUUCCGGCGGACGACAAUCAUAUCAUUCCUGGUAUUAUAUUCCUGUUAUAAAUCGAAUGCUCAAAGUGAAACAAUUAAUCCAAUAAAUACGAUGGAAUUAAAAGCAACCCUACCUGAACCUCGAGCUUACGUACCAGAUUCACAAUACUUGGAUUUCGUUUAUCACAAUCAUGAGGAACUAACUAAAUUUUUAAGAUCAACUAGCGCUCGUUAUCCUAAUUUAACAGCAUUAUAUUCAAUUGGCAAAUCCAUACAAGGCAAAGAUCUUUGGGUAUUAGUUGUUUCAUCUUCUCCUUACGAGCAUAUGGUGGGAAAGCCUGAUGUGAAAUACGUGGGUAAUAUUCAUGGCAACGAGCCCGUUGGUCGCGAAUUACUAUUACAUUUAAUUCAAUAUUUAGUAACAAGUUAUGAAACUGAUCAAUAUGUAAAAUGGUUGCUUGACAAUACUCGAAUUCAUAUAUUUCCCUCAAUGAAUCCCGAUGGUUUUGCUGUUUCAAAGGAAGGUACUUGUGAUGGAGGUCAAGGAAGGUAUAAUGCCCGAGGUUUUGAUUUGAAUCGCAACUUCCCUGAUUAUUUUAAACAAAACAAUAAAAGAGGACAACCGGAAACAGAUGCAGUGAAAGAUUGGAUUUCUAAAAUACAAUUUGUUUUAAGCGGAAGUUUGCACGGUGGUGCUUUAGUAGCAAGUUAUCCUUAUGACAACACUCCAAAUGCUAGAAUCUGUAGAUCAUCGGCAUUAUGUGCGAUGUUCCAAACAUACUCUGCAGCCCCUUCUCUAACACCUGACGAUGAUGUGUUUAAACAUCUUUCAUUGGUGUAUGCUAAAAAUCACGCCAAGAUGUCGAGAGGGGUGGCUUGUAAGUCCGCAACACCAGCCUUUGAAAAUGGCAUUACAAAUGGAGCUGCGUGGUAUCCUCUAACAGGAGGUAUGCAAGAUUAUCAAUACGUUUGGUAUGGAUGUAUGGAAGUUACAUUAGAAAUAUCAUGCUGUAAAUAUCCUCCUUCAUAUGAAUUAAAGAAAUAUUGGGAAGAUAAUCAAUUGUCCUUAAUAAAGUUUUUGGCCGAGGCACAUAGAGGAGUACAAGGUUUUGUACUAGAUCUAAAUAAUGCACCUGUGGAGAGAGCAUCAUUAAAAAUAAAAGGAAGAGAUGUAGGAUUCCAGACAACCAAACAUGGAGAGUUCUGGAGAAUUUUGCUGCCUGGAUACUAUAAAUUAGAGAUUUUUGCUGAAGGAUUUAAUCCGAGAGAAGUUGAAUUUGUGGUUGUUGAACAACAUCCAACUCUAUUAAAUGUCACUUUACAGCCAUCAUCGCGUACCGACACUAUUCCAAUAUCCCAAUUAUAUCGGCCACUUCCCGGACCAUCCCAAAAUCAUCACUAUCGUCCUGGACAAACUUAUAGUGAUUCUGGAAUUUUCUCCUCUAUUACUAAUGGUCUGAAUAACUUAUAUUCUAAUAUAUUUGGCUGAUCGUUUUCAUCGAGUCUUUUUUUGACAUACGAAAUCAAAGUUUCCGAAGUUGAAUAAGUUGAGUACAAUUGUUAUGGUAAAAAGUUGAUAUGUAAAAUAAAAAAAUAUUUUUUUCCUUAUUCUUUA